AUGCCCAGCGAGACUCGUGCCGACUUGAUGGUCAAGAUGGUAGAGAUGGGCGAAGUGCCUCCAGCCCAUUGGACGGUGAUGCAGCUCAAAGCUCGGAUUGCCGAGCUACGCGCCUCGUUGAUCGAGGACCAACCUGUCACCCUGAAGCAGCGCCUUGCCGAACUCAACAAGGUAGCCAAGAAGAAGACCACACUGGUGGGAUGGGCAGAAGCCAAACAACUUCCCAUUACUGCCAACAUGACCAUUGCCCAGAUCUAUGCCAUGGCCGAGCAGCACAUCACCAAGGAAGUGCCGGCCAGUCCCAUGGAGAAGAUGAGUUUCGGCACACACCGGGACAAGACCUAUGUGGAGGUGUGGUCCCAACACCAGAGCUACGUCCGAUGGGCGAUCCAAACGAUGGAGGAGUCAGACAGUGUGAAUUGGCACCUCCAGAGGUUUGCCACAUGGGCCAUGACCUACAAGGGCUCACCAGCUGUGGCUACGAUGCCUCCCCGACCACAGUUGGGGUAUCCGGGGAAUGGGCACCGAUUCCACGUCCUCCGUUCUCCCGGAGACUCAUCCGAUGCCUCGUUCAGCAUGGUCGAGAACGACCACCAAGCAGAGCUCGAGCAGCUUCGCCAGGAGCUCGAGGUCACGAAGAAGGAGAAGAUGGAACUGGAACUUGCAGCCGGCCGAGUUGCUUGCUCUGAACGCAGUGUGCUCACACAAGAAGCGUGCCGGUGUUUCGGCGAACACUCAGCCCAGCGUUGUUCCAUCUGGAAUGGUUACGACCUGACAUCAACGGAAGGAGUCCAACGACUCAAGCAGCUGAUAACCCAGCUCCGACCUCGGCAUUUAGGCUCCGAGAUCCAUUGGGAACUUUCCGAAAAAUGUGAAGUUUGGAACCUUCCGACAGUCAGUGAAUUCGUGGAACGCCAGGGGUUGCGCAAGCUUACCUGCCACGGAUGCACAGUGGGGUUGCGAGCCUCCGACACUGGUGAACUCAUGUGCAAAGGGUGGACAAUAGCCACCUCCCAUGCGGGGGUCCUCAAACACAUGCAUUUGCCAUGCCAGAAAAACCACAGAAAAACCGCAUGCGAGAGUGGACGUCCGAAACAGUCCGCAUUUUACAUACCUGUGUUUGCCAAGAAGGUCAUCGAGGCCAUGCAAUUUCACGAACCUUGGUCACUCGUGGUGCGUGAUUUACAGGCAAGUUCCCAACCCUGCAGUGUUCAGCCACUGAACCACCUCGUUCCCGAGGUAGCAGCCGUUGCAGCAAGUGAUCUCCCAGUUGUGGAACAGCAGAGAAUUCAGAAACUUCUCAAGCAUAUUCACAGUGUGUCUGGUCACGGUUCAACUGCCACCAUGGUACAAGCCCUACAGAAAAGAGGUGUCCCAGAUCACGUGCUGGAAUUGGCUCGCCAGUUCCAAUGUAAGAUUCUUUUUGAGAACUCACGCCAGCAGGCAACAUGGCCGGUAAUUCAAAACUACUUCGAAGAGCACUGGCUGGCGCACCAUGGACAGCCGGAAUGUAUCAGAGUAGAUCCUGAAGGUGUGUGGAGAGACGAAGCAGCCGAUGUUUACUGCCGAGAACGUGGCAUCAAUCUCUUACCCAUUCCAGCGGCGGCACACUGGCAGGUAGGUCUCCUGAUGAGUGGGGUCGAUUGUUUGAGAGCUCUCAACACCACCACCCAAUCCAUCCCACCAGAACAGUUGCGAGCGGCUUCCGAACGUGAAAUUGCCAUUGAAUCUCUUAAGGGUCCCAUAGAAAUUCCUUGGACUAUUACUUCAUUAGCCACUCAUCCAACCCGUAAGACGUAUGUUGAUGUGUCCCGGGAUAUCCCCUCAAAUGAAGAGUAUGUUGAUGCUGCAGGUCAUCCCACUGAAAGCCGGAAAUUUACAUCCAAACGCAAGAGCCCUGUGGUACCAGAAGCUGACUCACAAGGAGUUCGCAGCCGCACAGAUGACAUGGACCUAGGUCUCAACGCCUGUGCCCAGCAUGACGCCGAAAACCAUCCCACUGUGGAAUCCACAGUUUCCGGGGUUGAAAUAGAGAUUGAGUUGCCCAGCUCAAAACGAGCCAUGCAAAAGUUCAUGGAAAGUCCCGAAGCCUAUGUAGUCAAUCAACUUAGGAAGCAAACUGUGGAAGUCAAUGAACGAAGGCUCACACCAGCCGAACUGGAACAAUUCAAUCUCGCCAAGCAAAAAGAAGUGCGUAACUAUAUUCAGUCAUACUGUUUCAAGCUGAUGCCACCCCACCUGCAGUGUGACACCAGAGAUGCUGUAGGUAUGCGAUGGAUUUUAACUUGGAAAUCCAUGCAGGACGGCACCGAUGCCAAAAAGGCCAAGGCAAGAGCAGUAAUCCUGGGGUACCAAGAUAAAGCCUAUGAACAUAAGCAGACUGCCUCACCCACACUGAGUAGAGUAGGUCGUCAAGCUUUUCUGGUUUUCUGUGCCCAAAUGCAUUUCCGCAUCCAGAAGGGUGAUGUGUCCUCAGCCUUUCUCCAAGGUGACAAACUAGAGGAAGACAUGUGGGUGAUUCCCACGCGAGAAAUUUGCCAAGCUCUGAAUGUGCCCGAAGGGACAGUCACCAAACUGGAACGUGCUGCCUACGGCCUUGUUGAAGCACCGCUUUGGUGGUAUAAGAGUGUCUCCAAGUUUUUGGCAUCGAUUGGCUACGUAAGGAUGAAGUCCGAACCAUACAUGUGGGUUUUCUAUGACGAACAACAUCAACCGAGGUCUAUCAUUAGUGGUCAUGUUGAUAACUUUUUAUUUGGUGGAUCACCACAUGAUGAAGUUUAUCUCAAGCUCAUGGCUGCCAUCCAAGCAAAAUUCUCCUGGGGCCAAUGGGAAAACACACCAUUUGUGCAAUGUGGAGUUAAGAUUCAUCAACGUGAUGACUACGGUUUUGAUCUUAGCCAACAAGAAUUUGUAGAUAAUCUGAAACCUAUCUACCUUAGCAAAGACCGGGAAAGAAUGAGAAGCAGCUCCACCACUGACCAGGAAAAGACCCAACUGCGUGCCGUGCUGGGAAGCCUGAGCUGGCUUUGCGGCCAAACAGACUUCGUCCAUGCCUCUGACGUAGGUUUUCUCAUUUCCACCGUUCCUCAAAGCACUGUGCAGGAUAUUGUCAAAGCCAAUCAAUUGAUACAAGAAGUAAAAAGAGAUCCAGUCAAACUGACCCUUCAUGGAAUGACAAAAGGAACUCCUCUUGACAUGAUUGCAUGGGCGGAUGCAGCAUGGGCCAACCGUCCUGACAAUACCAGCAGUACUGGAGGAAUAGUGAUAGGAGCUGCACCACGGCUGCUCCGAGAUGGCAAGCUGUGUGCCAUCAAUUUGUUGUCGUGGCGUUCCUACAAAAUAGAUCGUGCCAGCAGGAGUCCCGCCUGUGCAGAGACUCAUGCGGUAGUAGAUGGAGAGGAUGAGCUGUACCAUGUGCGCUAUCUGUGGACAGAGCUUCACCAUGCACCGCCCAUAAUGCAGCAGUGGACAUCCGAUCAGAUCGUCCAACAAACUCCAGGUAUCCUAGUGACCGACAGCCGCAACUUUUUUGAUAAGCUUUGGAAAGAUAUCCCCAUCAUCAAAGGUGCUGAACGUCGUGCCGAUAUAGAAGCGCUUACCGUAAAAGAAUCCAUGUCUUCUACUGGUUUGAUGCUCCGUUGGGUACAUAGCGAUGCAUAG